AUGUCACAGUAUCAGUACAUCGCGGAUGCAUGGAAUAACGAGACGGAUGAAGUACAGACUCGUUGGUACUUGCAGGACAAGUGCCAAAAGGAUACAUGGGAACGCGAUUGUGCGGAAGCUGAGCUUAAGGGGUCGGUACCGUUUCUGGAGGCCAAUCCCGCUGUGCUUCGCUCUCCCAGCACCUUCAGCCUCCAGGCAUCAUCCGAGCACCCUGUGCACGCCGAUGAGGUCCGAGUACUAGCUUCACAUGGAGUAGCUUCCUCUCCGACAAUCGAGGAUCUUAAACGGACCAGUAGCCCAAGGGACAUCCUUCACACAGUCACGCAAUGA